AUGAUAAUGAUGAUGAUGGAAAAAUCAGGAAGCCCGUUCCUCAGUUUCUCUCCUGUCUCUGGGGUGGGUACAGCGAACAAACACAAGCCGUGGAUCGAGGCGGAGUACCAAGGCAUCGUCAUGGAGAACGACAACACCGUCCUGCUGAACCCACCUCUCUUUGCCCUGGACAAGGACGCCCCCUUGCGCUACGCGGGCGAGAUCUGUGGCUUCCGGCUGCACGGCGCCGGGGUCCCCUUUGAGGCCGUCAUCCUGGACAAGGCCACGGGUGAAGGGCUCAUCCGGGCCAAGGGCCCCGUGGACUGCGAGGCCCAGAAGGAGCACACGUUCACCAUCCAGGCCUAUGACUGCGGCGAGGGGCCCGACGGCACCAACAGCAAGAAGUCCCACAAGGCCACGGUGCAUGUACGAGUCAACGAUGUGAAUGAGUUCGCCCCGGUGUUCGUGGACCGGCUGUACCGGGCAUCGGUGACGGAGGGGAAGCUGUACGACCGGAUCUUGCGCGUGGAGGCUGUGGACGGCGACUGCUCCCCGCAGUACAGUCAGAUCUGCUACUACGAGAUCCUCACGCCCAACACCCCCUUCCUCAUCGACAACGACGGAAACAUCGAGAACACGGAGAAGCUGCAGUACAGUGGCGAGAAGCUGUACAAGUUCACCGUGACGGCCUACGACUGCGGGAAGAAAAGGGCGGCCGACGACGCCGAGGUGGAGAUUCAGGUGAAGCCCACCUGUAAGCCCAGCUGGCAAGGCUGGAACAAGAGGAUCGAAUACACCCCAGGGGCCGGGAGCUUGGCUUUGUUCCCGGGCAUCCGCCUGGAGACCUGCGAUGAGCCUCUCUGGAACAUCCAGGCGACCAUCGAGCUGCAGACCAGCCACGUGGGCAAAGGCUGCGACCGAGACAACUACUCGGAGCGGGCUCUGAGGAAGCUGUGCGGAGCAGCCACGGGGGAGGUGGACCUGCUACCCAUGCCCGGCCCCAACGCCAACUGGACGGCUGGACUGUCGGUCCAAUACAGCCAAGACAGCAGCCUGAUCUACUGGUUCAACGGCACCCAGGCCGUGCAGGUGCCGGUGGGGAGCCCCGCCGGGCCGGGCUCUGCGCCCAUUGACGGCCUCAGCGACCACUUCACCCUCUCCUUCUGGAUGAAGCACGGGGUCUCACCCAGCAAGGGCAAGAAGGAAGAGGAGACCAUCUUGUGCCACACGGUCCAGAACGAGGACGGCUUCUCGCACUACUCGCUGACGGUCCACGGCUGCCGAAUCGCCUUCCUCUACUGGCCCCUGCUCGACAGCGCCCGCCCGGUCAAGUUCCUGUGGAAGCUGGAGCAGGUCUGCGAUGAUGGAUGGCAUCACUACGCCCUGAACCUGGAGUUCCCCACGGUCACCCUGUACACCGACGGCAUCUCCUUCGACCCCGCGCUCAUCCACGACAAUGGCCUGAUCCACCCGCCGCGGAGGGACCCGGCGCUCAUGAUCGGGGCCUGCUGGACCGAGGAGAACAAGAAGGAAAAAGGAGACAACGCCACCGAGGCCGCCCCAGGAGACCCCUUGCCGGUCCACCACUAUUUCCACGGUUACCUGGCGGGGUUCAGUGUGCGGGCCGGCCACCUGGAGAACCGGGCGGUCAUCCAGUGUCUGUAUGCAUGCCGGGAGGGGCUGGAUUAUAGAGAUUUCGAGAACCUGGGAAAAGGCAUGAAGGUCCACGUGAACCCCUCGCAGUCCCUGCUCACCCUGGAAGGCGACGACGUGGAGACUUUCAACCACGCCCUGCAGCACGUGGACUACAUGAACACGCUGCGCUUCGCCACGCCCGGCGUCAGGCCGCUGCGUCUGACCACCGCGGUCAAGUGCUUCAGCGAGGAGUCGUGUGUGUCCAUCCCGGAGGUGGAGGGCUACGUGGUGGUGCUGCAGCCCGAUGCCCCCCAGAUCCUGCUGAGUGGGACCUCCCACUUUGCCCGGCCGGCUGCGGACUUCGAGGAGCCCGACGGGGUCCCCCUGUUCCCCGAUCUCCAGAUCACUUGCUCCAUUUCACACCAGGUAGAGGCCAAAGGAGACGAAAGCUGGCAGGGCACAGUGACGGACACGCGCAUGUCGGAUGAGAUCGUGCACAACCUGGACGGCUGCGAGAUCUCGCUGGUGGGGGACGACCUGGACCCCGAGCGGGAGAGCCUGCUGCUGGACACGGCGAGCGCGCAGCAGCGCGGCCUGGAGCUCACCAACACGUCCGCCUACCUCACCAUCGCGGGGGUGGAGAGCAUCACGGUGUACGAGGAGAUCCUGAGGCAGGCCCGGUACCGGCUGCAGCGCGGGGCCGCCCUGUACGCCCGCAAGUUCCGUCUCUCCUGCUCCGAGAUGAACGGCCGCUACUCCAGCAACGAGUUCGUGGUGGAGGUGAACGUCCUGCACAGCAUGAACCGCGUCGCUCAUCCCAGCCACGUGCUCAGCUCCCAGCAGUUCCUGCACCGGGGCCACCAGCCGCCCCCCGAGAUGGCGGGACACAGCCUGGCCAGCGCCCACCGGAACUCCAUGGUCCCCAGCGCCGCCACCCUCAUCAUCGUGGUGUGCGUGAGCUUCCUGCUGCUCAUGGUCAUCCUGGGCCUGGUUCGAAUCCACUCCCUCCACUGCCGAGUUUCGGGGGCCGGCGGCCCCCCGGGGGCCUCCAGCGACCCCAAGGACCCUGACCUCUUCUGGGACGACUCUGCCCUCACCAUCAUCGUCAACCCCAUGGAGUCGUACCACAACCCUCAGGCGGGCGUGGCGGGGGGCCCGGCGGGCCAGGAGGAGGAGGACAGCAGUGACUCGGAGGCGGCCGACUCCCCCGCGGGGGACGAGCGGCGCAUCAUCGAGACGCCCCCCCAUCGCUACUGAAGCCACUGAGCCCGAGAGGGGACACCGGCCGCCCCCCCAGAGCCCCACCCCAGAGAGGGCCAGAGCGAGCGAGUGAGCGAGCGAG